AUGAACGGGGACUGGGAUCAGGGGGGACUGGGAUCAGUGGGGACUGGGAUCAGGGGGGACUGGGAUCAGUGGGGACUGGGAUCAGGGGGGACUGGGAUCAGCGGGGACUGGGAUCAGUGGGGACUGGGAUCAGUGGGGACUGGGAUCAGGGGGGACUGGGAUCAGUGGGGACUGGGAUCAGCGGGGACUGGGAUCAGUGGGGACUGGGAUCAGUGGGGACUGGGAUCAGUGGGAUCAGUGGGAUCAGCGGGGACUGGGAUCAGCGGGGACUGGGAUCAGUGGGGACUGGGAUCAGUGGGGACUGGGAUCAGUGGGGAGUGGGAUCAGUGGGGACUGGGAUCAGCGGGGACUGGGAUCAUUGGGGACUGGGAUCAGUGGGGACUGGGAUCAGCGGGGACUGGGAUCAGUGGGAUCAGGGGGGACUGGGAUCAUUGGGGACUGGGAUCAGUGGGGACUGGGAUCAGCGGGGACUGGGAUCAGUGGGGACUGGGAUCAGUGGGGUCAGUGAGGACUGGGAUCAGCGGGGACUGGGAUCAGUGGGGACUGGGAUCAGCGGGGACUGGGAUCAGUGGGAUCAGGGGGGACUGGGAUCAGCGGGGACUGGGAUCAGUGGGGACUGGGAUCAGUGGGGUCUGGGAUCAGUGGGAUCAGGGGGGACUGGGAUCAGAGGGGAUUGGGAUCAGCGGGGACUGGGAUCAGCGGGGACUGGGAUCAGUGGGGACUGGGAUCAGAGGGGAUUGGGAUCAGCGGGGACUGGGAUCAGUGGGGACUGGGAUCAGCGGGACUGGGAUCAGCGGGGACUGGGAUCAGCGGGGACUGGGAUCAGUGGGGACUGGGAUCAGCGGGGACUGGGAUCAGUGGGAUCAGGGGGGACUGGGAUCAUUGGGGACUGGGAUCAGUGGGGACUGGGAUCAGCGGGACUGGGAUCAGCGGGGACUGGGAUCAGUGGGGUCAGUGAGGACUGGGAUCAGCGGGGACUGGGAUCAGUGGGAUCAGGGGGGACUGGGAUCAGGGGGGACUGGGAUCAGUGGGAUCAGGGGGGACUGGGAUCAGGUGGGACUGGGAUCAGUGGGAUCAGGGGGGACUGGGAUCAGGGGGGACUGGGAUCAGGGGGGACUGGGAUCAGUGGGAUCAGGGGGGACUGGGAUCAGGGGGGACUGGGAUCAGGGGGGACUGGGAUCAGUGGGAUCAGGGGGGACUGGGAUCAGGGGGGACUGGGAUCAGUGGGAUCAGUGGGAUCAGCGGGGACUGGGAUCAGGGGGGACUUGGAUCAGCGGGGACUGGGACCAAGACAGGAAAAUGUUGCCAGAUUUUUGUCCCCUGUCUCCCUAG